UAUUGAUGACGUCAUUAACAAUAAUAUAAUAAGAAUAAUACUGUGUGGGCUGUGUGUGUGAACGGAGGAAACGAUCGGCUGUUUUCUACUGUCUUCUAACAUUUUGACUCUUAAAGAUUGAACUUCGUUUAAAUAUUUAGUUGCAUUCAAUAAGUUAACGCUCACUUUGAAGUCUUAUGGAGCUUCGUGGCCUAUUGUUGGUUAUCUGCUCUGCAAUAUGUGCAACGGUUGGGUUUUCGGAAUGGGCCCAGCAUCACAAUUAUGAGGCGAUGAAAGAUGUUAUGACAAGAGUCAACAAGAAGUGUCCCAAGAUAACGAAGCUUUACGAACUACCAGUUAACAAUGAGUUUGGAGUACCAACUGAAACUUGGAAUCACCGAAAACUACUUGUACUUGAGUUUGCCAAGAGACCAGGCGAACAUGUUGAAGGUGUGCCAGAGUUCAAAUACAUCGCCAACAUGCAUGGCAAUGAGGUGACAGGUCGGGAGCUCUUACUGAGACUGAUGUCGUACAUGUGCGAUGUAUACAAUGGCGACAUGGAACCUGAGGGGUCCUUCUCCAGAAAACACAUCCAGCGUCUUAUACAAAACACACGCAUACAUCUUAUGCCAUCCAUGAACCCUGAUGGCUGGGAAAUUGCAGCAGGCAGUGUGGAUGAUUACCAGAAUGGUGUCACUGCAUGGAUAGUGGGGCGGGCCAAUGCUCACAACAUUGACUUGAACCGUAACUUUCCCGAUCUUGACAAGCUAUACUACCAGACACAGACGAAAGCAGUUCACCCAAAUAACCACCUAGAUAAGGUGAAGGAGGUCAUGAAAAACCUUACAGAACAGCUUGAACCCGAGACCAAGAUGGUGAUGAGCUGGAUCCACUCUGUGCCGUUUGUCCUGUCCGCUAACCUCCACAAUGGUGACCUUGUUGCUAACUACCCAUUUGACGAGACUCGGGAUGGUAGCUCCCACAGCCGCUCUCCCUCCCCCGAUGACGAUACUUUCAUUGAGUUGGCUAAGAGCUACUCUGAGGCUCACAAGACCAUGUCCAACCCAACAAAGAUGUGUGACACCAACGACUUCAGCAAAACUGACGGCACCACUAAUGGAGCAGCCUGGUACUCGGUUCCUGGGGGUAUGCAGGACUACAACUACCUGAGCACCAAUUGUUUUGAGAUCACACUGGAGCUGGGCUGUGAGAAGUUCCCCCCGGCCUCCACGCUUCCGCAGAUCUGGGAGGACAAUAUCGACGCUCUCUUAAACCUCAUGUAUCAGAGCCACAUUGGAAUCAAGGGCUCCAUUGUGCUGCCUGACAACAUGCGCCCUGGAGAGCUCAUUGCCAGUAUAAGGGUUCAGAAAAUGGACACCGGAGAGGUCAUCGACCAUGACGUGACGUCCACCCGAUAUGGUGAUUAUUUCCGUCUGCUGUCCAACGGUGUGUACAACAUUAACGCCACCAUCAUGAUCGAGGGUUCAGACGGCAGCGUGCAUCGCGUAGUUCGCUCGGCCUGUGUCGAGGUGGAAAAUUUCCCCUACAUGGAGAGUGCAUUCAACGCACCGGAACGCAUUGUGGACUUUGACUUCACCGACCUUAGUCAGGAGUAUGACUUGAAAGGGUGUACGGAUGAGGCUGAGGUUGAGGAACAGGAUGUGGAGGAACUGCGCUACCCAAUUGACGACUACAGCAGCCUUAUCAAAAUUCUACAAGAGAAUGCCAACAAGAAUCAGCGCAGAUAUGGCUAUUACUAGAUGACAGAAUACAAACACUUCAGAUAUUUUACUCAAACAUUGUUCUAAGAGUAUUCUAUUUUAAGCUCACCUAAGCAGCAAUUACGCAUUUGCAAAACAUACAUAAUUUCACAGCAUAAUACCAGCAAUUGAUAUCAAGGUUCACAUUUAAUUUCUUAUAUUUUUGUGUCAGUCUCUAAUUAAUAUCAGGUAGACUAUGCUUGAUCCUAAACCCUAAAGUUAUGUCUACUUCAUGAACUUUUUGCCUAAUAUUAUAAAGUAUUCUUGAAGUUAUUUUAGAAAAUCAUUAAACUGCAGGGCUUACCUUUGUUAAAAAGUUUAUUUAGCCAAAUUUGACACACUAUGGCAUUUUUUUUCAUUUUGGGUAUUUUCUUGUUUGUUUGUUUUAUCUAAAGAAAAAGUUAAAGCCAAACAGAAUCUUCUUUAGUCAAUUUUUUAAUUGGUAGCCAUUGUCUUAUUUUGCAAAUAGCAGAGAAAAGCCUGAACGGACAAUUAUUAUUCUUUCCGUUCUCGGUAUUGUGAAGUAGGACAUCUCGUACUUAACCCACCUUAUCAUGCAAUGUCCUUUAUAUUCUUACGUGGUUCCCACCAAUAUCUAAAGCAAUGUUGGUACUCUAUUAUUGAUAUUCUUACAAAAUGACCAAUGUAAUGUAUCUGAAGUUAAGUGUCAGAUAAUUUUGAUCUUUCAAUAUUUGUUUUUAAUUACCACCAGAUUGUAAUGAUCUUUCAUGUGUUUUGUUUGGAAAUACCACCAGAUUUUUUAUAAAAUACAGUUGAUUUUUAUAGAUUUAUGAAAAAUUAUUUCUGUGUGUGAUUUGAUUAAAUUUUGUAAAGUGUAA